AAGGUACCCAAGCCAAGCUAUUAAAAGGCAACCCUCCGGCCAUUUUUGUUCCUUUUGGCUUCCUUACGUCAAUUUCACAAACAUCAUGUCUAUUACAGACAAUUACUAUGUAAUCGUGGAACCAUACUUGGGACACGGAAACAAGACAGGAGACAAACAAUACUUGGCACAUAUCUUGGAACUCUGGAGUCCCGACAUCGACCCCGACAAUGAUAUCGGCUGGGCCCUACACUGGGCUAUCUUCCAAGCAGACGAUGCCGCUGUCCAGAUGAUGAUAGAUGCUGGUGUGGACCCCAAUACGCGAGACAAACAGGAUCCCGGCUUCACACCACUCUUAGCCGCUUCGCAGCAUGGCAGACUCGAGAUGGCUCGUCUAUUCUGGGAACGAGUCGGCCCUGGCGGACGCUUCAUUCCCAAAAAGAGAGGCCAACCUGGACCCGAUUGUCUACAAAUCGCUGCCAGGAACAACCACGCAGAUCUGACUGCUUACUUUCUCGGCGCCUGGGACGGUUGGAAUGACCAAGAGAUGCGUAGGGCGCUGCUUGAUGCGGCAUCAGCCUGGUGUGAUGAGACAGUGCCACUUCUUCUGGCUCAUCCCGGCGUCACAUACGGCCCCGAGGUUAUUCAAGAUGCUCUGGCCAGGGCGGUCAGCAAGAGGAUGAUUCUCCCCGAACACGAAACCAAACCACCGCCAACCACUGCAGAUGCUACACGUCAGCGUCAGCUGGUCGGUCGCCUUAUCGACGCAGGCGGAGAUCCAAACGGUGAGGACUCCCGUUCCCAUCAGCCUCUUAUCCACGCCACAGUACAUUCACAUGAGUGUAUCGGCGGCCUCAGCGGUCUCCUGGAGAAGGGAGCGAACCCCAAUCGAGCAGACGCUCGCGGAAGGACCGCUCUUCACUACCGCUCCUCGUUGCCCUCCGAGUUAUCGCGGAACCGGUUCAGCUCGGAGCCCGUCGGGACGCCGGGCGUGUCGCCGAUCCAGUAG